AGUAUCACCUGCAGGUGCAGCUUGUAUUGCCUUGUAGGACUAUUCGUACCCGUGCCGCCUUGCAUCCGCCUAACAGCAGAGGCGCUACUCAAAACAACGCUUCUUGAAGACUCCUCAAAAAAUGAAAAGUGAUGCUUUGACGAAGCCUUCCUUCUUCAUUCAACCAGGUAUUCUCGUUCUCCAUUUUCUUCUUUGUAACUCACUGCUUUUGCCUUUGCUUUUCGGAGUUCUCUCGUACGUCGAUUUACGAGCGUGCGCCCCAACUCACCAAAAAUAUUAAGGUAUACAUCCCCAUUUUUUUUCUUAUACGAAAUAGUAAAAAGAAGGAGAACACUUGUCGGUUCUUGCAUGCGUUUCUACGGCUUCUCGAUAUGACGGGGACCAGCACAAAAGCCGAGCGGUGGGAGGCCGAUUUGCAGCGCCACACGGCGGCAUUGGCACCGGCGCCGGAGGUCGUAUCGCUCUCACCACCGCUGACUCGAGAUGGCCAGCGACAGCAACAGCGCAGAAAAGAGGAGGUGGCCAUGAUGGCAGCCGCGCCAACCACCGUAGCAGCCGAUGCGGCCGACGCGGCAUCACCGCUGGUCACGGUGAUGGCGUUCAAACACAAAGCGCCAAGACCUCGUCGUCUUCCCUCCUUGUCCACCCCACCAGCUCGCGGCUUCAGCAACCAGCACCAACAGCAGCAGCAGCAGCAGCAGAAAGGUGGUGAUGCGUACACAGCCGCAUUAGCAGAGCAGUGGGACCGCAGGCCCGACACUGCAGCAAAGAAAGCUGUGCACACGGCACGCGAGGAGCAUGGAGAGGGUGGCGACGAGAUCAGAGACGACGUCGCUCGCGAUAUCCCUGGUGAGGAAGGUGAGCCACGGGAGUUUCAGUGCCCGCGUGUACCUCGGAUGGUUCUCGUGCUGCUCGUGUUUACGGCGCUGGCGCAAAGCUUCUCUUCCAGCGCCGUUAUGAUCUUCAUUAACAUCGAGAUGGCCCUCGGCCCAGUCGAGGUGACGCAGUAUUGGAUGUACAUCGGGUACACCGCGUGGUGCCAGCCCUUGAUGGGGUACGUGUCGGACGCGCUGGUGCUUUUUGGUGAGAAGCGGCGACCUCUCUUUCUCCUCGCCGCACUCGGUAACACGCUGAUCUUCUUCUUGUAUUACGCAGUUCCUGCGACGACCAGCACCUACGGCCGGUUUGUCGUCCUGUCGAUUGUAAGCCAAUUCUUUACCAUGGGGUUGUACAUCCCGCUGAACGGCUUGGUGGUGGAGGUGGGCCGGCACGAUGCCGAGACGGAGGAGGAGAGCAUGGCAAGGAUGAGCGCGAUUAUGUCCAAGACGAUGGUUUGGCGCUCUAUUGGGAGCUUGAUCGGGAACGCCCUACAGACGUGUUUGGUGCUCUUCCUCCCUGUCCGGAGCAUCCUGGGCGUCACGAGUGUGGUUAUGGCACUUCUUGUUCCGGUUGUCCUGGUCGCCCCACGCACGCUCUUUUUGCGUCCCGGCGCGCAAGACCAAAAUUUCUACAGGCGUGUGGCGGAGGCGGGACGACUGCUGCGCCGAAGUUUUGACGUUCACGACCUCCGCAGCGACGGCUUCUGCUUUCUUAUUGUCCUUGCGUUCGUCUUCGUGUACACCAUGAUGCCAGACGCGGGCUCAGUCUACUACAACUACCUCUACGGUGCCUACGGCUUUCCGCCGUGGUUCUACUCACUGAACAACUGCAUCGGCUACCUCGGCUCCAUCGCCGGCGCGAGCGUCUUCUCGAUGUGGAUGGACCGCCGCGCGUGGCAGGAGAGCCGCGGCGGCGCGCGCACCUCGAUGUUCUACAUUUUUAUGAUUGGCAGCUUUGCGUGGGCUUUCGGUUACAUAACAAACCUGCUGCUGUGCACCGGGAUUAUCACCGAGAUGCUGCGCAUUUCGGCGGCGAUCUACAUUCCUGUUGACAACUUCUUUAUGUCCAUGUUCGUCCGCUUCGCCUUCAUGCCGACCAUCGCGAUGGCCGCCGAGCACGCGCCGAGGUCUUUUGAGGCGACAACCUUUGAAGUUUUCAGCGUGGCCAGCAUCGGCGGUGGCACCAUCUCGGCCCUGCUCACGAGCAUCAUCGCGCGAGACCUCAACAUCAGCCGCGCCGAUUACAGCAAACUGUGGGUCCUUAUUGUUAUUUCGAUUGUGCUGAAGCUCGUUCCGAUUCCCUUAGCGUACCUUCUUCCGGAGCGGCACAGCAGCACCAAAGAGUCACCUACAAUCGAGGGCGACGAGGCGGGAGAGCAGGAGAGAAACGAGGGGAAGACCGAAGGGGCGUCAGAGUCGAUAUCGAAAGAAGCAAAGGGCAGACUUGGCGCUGCCGAAGCUGUGUCUCACAUCAUGCGAUACGAAAGCUCGCGCAUGUUGCAAGACAGCGACAACGAUGGCGAUUCUUCGCUGCCGUUGACACGCAGCCACCGGAUCUCGUAUUGA